UGAGCAUCAGUUUGAAUCAGUUUGUUUAGUGCUUCAGUGCGUGCAAUAUUGUGGCCCAAAAAUGAUUAGAAUUGUGACGCUAGGAGCCCUAUUGGUGCUAUUUCUGGGAACAGUUCACACGCAAUUGGUGUGCUAUCAGUGCGAUGACUGUGAGCUGCAGCAAGAGAUUCCCGUCGUUUGCGGUGACAUUGACUACACCACGCCCCUGCCCACGGACACCACCUGUCCGACGUGUGCACCGGAACCGACGCUACCAACCACCCCGCAGCUGACGACUUCCACACCCGACACCACGUGUCCAACCUGCGCCCCAACCCUGCCCACCACCCCACUCCCGACGACAUCGACGCCGGACACCACGUGCCCGACCUGUGCUCCGACGCUCCCAACAACGCCAAUGCCCACAACGCCAACGCCCGAAACCACGUGCCCAACGUGUGCCCCAACCCUACCUACCUCCCCGUUCCCAACCACCUCCACACCGAUGGUGACACCCACCGUUCCCGAAACAACCUGCCCAACGUGUGGACCUACGCUGCCUACUUCCCCGUACCCAACCACCUCCACACCGGUGGUGACGCCCACCGUUCCCGAAACAACCUGUCCAACGUGUGGACCUACCCUGCCAACCUCUCCGUACCCAACAACCUCUACGCCGACCCCAACCACAACGACUAUGACGCCGAGUCCAACGACUCCAACGACGCCCGUACCGACCACCAGCACGCCGAGCUGUCCUGCCGGCUGCUGUCCUUGCUUCGGUGCCCGCUCGACCUCCAUCUUUACGAUGGCCGCCCGGGCCACCAAGGAUGCGCUGAUGGAUGAGCUGGAGGAGGAUCUUCGCUCACCGCGGCAACUACCACUGCCGGUCUACGUCUGCUACACGACGGAACGCUUCGUGAACAAUCGGCGCGUGAUCAGUCGGGGCUGUACCAAGCGGCAGCAAUCGCUCACCGACACCUGCACGAUGCUGAGCGGUGGGCAGGCGUACGACCAGUGUUCGCUCUGCUCGUGGCAGCUGUGCAAUCGAUAGGGAUAACAGUGGGAACCGAGAAGAAGUUGAAUCCAUCAAUCAUGACGCGAUAGAGUGAUGUCCAGCAGGCUGCUGGGAGAGAGCCUGCCUCGGCUAGCGGAAGUGUGUAUCGAAAUAAAGCAAACACUGCGUAUGAUAA